AUGUCCCACCACAAGAAACGUGUUUACCCACAGGCCCAGGUCCCGUACGGGCAGAGCGCCACCCCUCUGCAACAGCCAGCGCCAUUAGUAGCUCCCCAGGACCCGGCAGCUGCAGGGAUAAACUAUGCGCAGAUGGGGAUGCCACCGCAGGCUGCGGUGGCCCCCAUGGGCCAGCCGCAAUUCCUGACCCCUGCUCAAGAACAGCUCCACCAGCAGAUCGAUCAAGCCGCCACUUCUAUGAACGACAUGCAUUUGCACAACGUGCCUCUAGUCGACCCCAAUGCCUACAUGCAGCAGCAGGCCCCCGGACAGGUCGGCAUGCCGUUUCAGCAACAGCAACAGCAACAGCCGCUACCAGCACAAGCUUACGGACAGCCUAGUGCUGCCAUGGGCCAGAACAUGAGACCCAUGAACCAGCUGUAUCCGAUCGACCUGUUGACGGAAUUGCCACCUCCAAUCACCGACUUGAACUUGCCUCCCCCACCGCUGGUUGUCCCACCAGAGAAAAUGCUGGUUCCAUCGGAGGUGUCCAAUGCGUCGCCAGAUUACAUCAGAUCGACUUUGAACGCUGUCCCCAAAAACAGCUCCCUGCUGAAGAAAUCCAAGCUGCCAUUCGGACUGGUCAUCAGACCAUACCAGCACCUUUACGACGAUAUUGACCCGCCACCACUGAAUGAAGACGGGCUGAUCGUUCGUUGUCGUCGUUGCCGUUCCUAUAUGAACCCCUUCAUCACCUUUAUCGAGCAAGGCAGGAGAUGGAGAUGUAACUUCUGUCGUCUGGCCAAUGACGUCCCCAUGCAAAUGGACCAAACCGACCCGAACGACCCAAAAAGCAGGUACGACAGAAACGAAAUCAAAUGCGCCGUCAUGGAAUACAUGGCCCCUAAGGAAUACACUCUAAGACAACCCCCACCGGCCACUUACUGUUUCCUUGUCGACGUCUCCCAGGCUUCCAUCAAAAGCGGGUUGUUGGCCACCACCAUCAACACUCUUUUACAAAAUCUGGAUUCCAUCCCUAACCAUGACGAAAGAACCAGAAUCUCCAUUUUGUGUGUGGAUAACGCCAUCCACUACUUCAAGAUCCCAUUGGAUUCGGAUAAUAAUGAAGAAUCGACUGACCAAAUCAACAUGAUGGACAUUGCCGACUUAGAGGAACCUUUCUUGCCCAGACCAAACUCCAUGGUUGUUUCAUUGAAGGCUUGCAGAAAAAAUAUCGAAAGCUUAUUGACCAAGAUCCCUCUAAUCUUCCAGUCUAAUUUGAUCACAAGUUUUGCAUUGGGCCCCGCUUUGAAGUCAGCUUAUCAUUUGAUUGGUGGCGUUGGUGGUAAGAUCAUCGUUGUCUCAGGGACUUUACCCAACUUGGGAAUAGGGAAACUUCAAAGAAGAAACGAAAGCGGUGUCGUCAAUACAUCAAAGGAAACCACCCAAUUACUGUCAUGCCAAGACUCAUUCUACAAGAACUUCACUAUCGACUGUUCUAAAGUGCAAAUUACAGUGGAUUUAUUCUUAGCUUCUGAGGAUUACAUGGAUGUUGCAUCAUUGUCCAAUUUGAGUCGUUUCACCGCAGGUCAAACUCACUUCUAUCCUGGAUUUUCCGGUAAAAAUCCAAAUGAUAUUGUCAAAUUUUCUACUGAAUUUGCCAAACACAUUUCCAUGGACCUUUGUAUGGAAACCGUUAUGAGAGCUCGUGGUUCCACAGGUUUAAGAAUGAGCAGAUUUUAUGGUCAUUUUUUCAACAGAUCCUCGGAUUUAUGUGCCUUUUCUACCAUGCCAAGAGAUCAAUCAUAUCUGUUCGAAGUCAAUGUUGAUGAAUCUAUCAUGACCGAGUAUUGUUACAUCCAAGUAGCGGUACUACUGUCCUUGAAUAACAGCCAGCGUAGAAUUAGAAUCAUCACUUUAGCCAUGCCCACCACAGAAUCCCUGGCCGAGGUUUACGCAUCAGCUGAUCAAUUGGCUAUAGCGUCAUUCUAUAAUUCAAAGGCAGUGGAAAAGGCAUUGAACUCCAGUUUGGAUGAGGCAAGAGUAUUGAUUAACAAAUCUGUACAAGACAUCUUAGCCACGUACAAGAAGGAAAUUGUCGUAUCCAACACUGCAGGUGGUGCUCCAUUGAGAUUGUGUGCCAACUUGAGAAUGUUCCCAUUAUUAAUGCAUUCUUUGACCAAGCAUAUGGCAUUUAGAUCGGGUAUUGUUCCAAGUGAUCAUCGUGCCUCCGCUUUGAACAUUUUAGAAUCAUUACCAUUGAAAUACCUAAUCAAGAACAUUUACCCCGAUGUCUACUCAUUGCAUGAUAUGGCUGAUGAAGCUGGGUUACCACUACAAACUGAAGAUGGUGAAACCACCGCCACAGUCGUUUUGCCUCAACCUCUCAAUGCUACCUCCUCAUUGUUUGAAAGAUACGGGUUAUACUUGAUAGAUAAUGGUAAUGAAUUGUUCUUAUGGAUGGGUGGUGAUGCUGUUCCGGCUUUAGUAUUUGAUGUGUUUGGCACUCAGGAUAUUUUCGACAUUCCAAUUGGCAAACAGGAAAUACCAAUUGUCGAAAAUUCAGAAUUCAAUCAAAGAGUGAGAAACAUUAUUAACCAGCUAAGAAACCAUGACGAUAUUAUCACUUACCAAUCAUUGUAUAUUGUUAGGGGUGCUUCUUUAAGUGAACCUGUUAACCAUGCAUCUGCUAGGGAAGUCGCAACCCUAAGACUAUGGGCUUCGAGCACUUUGGUAGAGGAUAAGAUCUUGAAUAACGAAAGUUACAGAGAAUUCUUACAAAUCAUGAAAGCUAGAAUUAGUAAAUAA